ACAAUUAAUCGGAUCAUUAUUAUUUUCUUUUGUAAAAGCUAGUCCGCAUUUUGGCUUAGUUAAUACCCUUCUUCAUCGCCGGUUUCGGGUUCUGGAUCUUCUCUUUUCUCACCGUCCCCAAAAUCACGCCACCACGCCUCUCUCUCUUCGUGAUUCCGCUGCGGAGGAGCUGCGGAGCUUGCCUCGCUUGAAGAAGGCGCAAGCGCUUGAUUUGCAUUUACUUCAAUCGCCUCCGAUCGGUUUAAUUUUCUGAAUUUCCAAUAUUGACAUUUGAGAAGAUCCUUUGGUUGAACGAAAUAUGAGUUGUUUUGGCUGUUGCGGAGAUGAUGAGAUCAAUAGAAAUGCCGAUGGUGGAGGCCCAUACCCAGUAAAAACCGCAGCUGGCCAUGCUGGGAAUUAUCACCCUACUGAAGCCACAUCUAAGGAUCAAGCUGUGAAAAUACAGCCUAUUGCAGUUCCGUCAAUUCCCGUGGAUGAACUCAAGGAAGUUACAAGUAACUUUAGCACAGAUUCCUUAAUAGGGGAAGGCUCAUAUGGAAGAGUUUAUUACGGAAUUCUUACUAAUGGUCGAGCUGCAGCCAUAAAGAAGUUGGAUGCAAGCAAACAACCAGAUGAUGAAUUCUUAGCUCAGGUAUCCAUGGUAUCAAGGCUUAAACACGAAAAUUUUGUGGAACUACUUGGUUAUUCUGUUGAUGGAAACCAACGUGUUCUGGCAUAUGAAUUUGCAUCUAAUGGAUCUCUUCAUGACAUCCUUCAUGGAAGAAAAGGUGUUAAAGGAGCACAGCCUGGUCCUCUUCUUUCUUGGGCUCAACGCGUUAAAAUUGCUGUGGGUUCUGCUAAGGGCCUUGAAUAUCUUCAUGAGAAAGCACACCCUCAUAUUGUCCACCGUGAUAUAAAGUCCAGCAAUGUACUAAUUUUUGAUGAAGAUGUAGCUAAGAUUGCUGACUUUGAUCUGUCAAAUCAAGCUCCCGAUAUGGCAGCACGUCUUCACUCUACUCGUGUCCUCGGGACAUUUGGAUAUCAUGCUCCAGAAUAUGCGAUGACUGGACAGCUGAACUCAAAGAGUGAUGUUUACAGCUUUGGCGUCGUCCUUCUGGAGCUCCUUACUGGCCGCAAACCCGUUGAUCAUACAUUACCCCGUGGGCAGCAAAGCUUAGUAACAUGGGCUACACCAAAACUGAGUGAAGAUAAAGUCCGGCAAUGCAUUGAUGAGAGACUACAAGGAGACUAUCCUCCCAAGGCUGUUGCUAAGAUGGCUGCUGUUGCUGCUUUGUGCGUACAAUAUGAAGCUGAUUUUCGGCCAAAUAUGAGCAUCGUGGUGAAAGCGCUCCAGCCUCUGUUAAAUACUCGUGCUGGACCUACUGGUGAAGCUGGACUCACAUAAACAAGAUUCUAUCUCUCAUUCAUCUCCCCCCCUCUCUAUAUAUAUUUGGCUCAAGAUUUUGACGAAGCAGGAAUUCUAGUAUGAUUAUCCGUUCUUCGUUGUGAUUAAUAUUAAUUAAACAAUGAGAGUCCCCUGAGGCAUGUAUUAUUUCCAUUAUUUUUACCUUGUCAACUCAACGUGUAUUAUAAUGACUUGAAAUAUCCCUGUAUUUGACAUUCUUUCAAGAUGUGACACUUGCCUACCCUUUUCA